AUGGAGCCAGCGUCUUCUCGCGAGACGGAGCCGAUGUCAUCAACAACUCUGUCUCGAGUUAGGAGGACGCUGACCGCGCCUGAGCCAUAUCUACCCCAAUCAUCGGCUCAUAGCAUGGAUGAGCUUGCGCUACCUUUUCCGUUUGAGGUUGCUGUCCCGAGAUACCCGUCAUUGCAUCGAAACCUGGCCAUAAACCAUAGCUCUAUCAACAUUGCUGCUGCCCAACCAAGUUAUGUUGACACUGAGAGCCUGUGGGAGGCCCCAGACGAUGAACCUGACAUGCCACCGGCUGCCCAUCGAUUCAUUGAACCAGUUGAACACAUCUUGGAUGGGAGUGGCAUGUUGAAGGCCGUGGCAGAGGAUUUUGAGCCGGAUCUUGACCCAAUAUCCACCAUUGAAGAGGCUCCUCGCAGUUAUGGUGAUAUACCGCCGGAAAGUGAAAGUAUGCAGCUAAUCGAGCCCGUACUCGAUCCAGCCGUCGAUGUUGGCAACGGGCCGCAGAGCCAAGAUAAUAUAAUACGUCAUGGGGAUGAAAAGGUACAUGUUAUCCAGCCUGUAAAUCCCGUUCUACAACCCAAGUACGAUUCCCCUCCACAAUCCCGAACGGUCAACCUAAUCGAGCCCGAGGAAAAGCCACUGAAACGUGUGAAGAACCAGAAAAAGAAGGUGAAACGAGGGAAAACUACUUCGGCGGUUGUGCAGAAGAGAGUGGAAUCGGAUGUCGAAGACGACGUGAUUUGGAUUGAUGAGAGGAAAUCCACACCGGCUAUCAUAGAUGAUACAGACGCGUCAGAUGACGUCCUUGGCCUGGAUCAUAGAGAUGAACUAUUCAACACGAGUGCUCCCCCCCACAAUGUUGAGCCUGUUGUCGUGAUACCUCAAAAGACAGAAGUGCAAGGCCAAAUGCCGCCAGAUGCGACUAAUAAGCCUGACAUACAAACCAACCCAGCGCCAAAAAAGCGAGGAAGAAAGCGGAAGAAGACAAGUCAAGAGGUUAUUUCAAAACAUGAACUACCAAAACAUACAGGGGAACUAAAGCUAGAUACUUCUAUCGAAGAUGGAAACUGUAACAUCCCUCUUGCCUCACCUCAACCUCCUUCGUUCACAGAAGAAAAAGUGAAGCACCAAACGCCUGAACCUAUCAUUGGUUUUCACGUACUUCACGAGACUACUAAAAGCCCUGACAUCUCCGUUGAUAGAGAAGCUGAACCUACUCAUCCUAUCGAGACCCCAAAGAAACCAGCCAAUAAGGGACCAAAUAAACACAGCCCAAUUGCCGUCACCGCCAAGGUUGCAUAUCGCGUCGGACUGAGCCGAAAAGCAAGAAUUGCACCUUUAUUAAAAGUCGUCAGGAAGUGA